AUGGGGGAAACUCUUCCAAGAGUGCCAGGAGCAGCUCAGCUCCAGAGUGACACUUUGAAAAGACACGUCCGGACUCUUAGGGUUAAGAUGGUACUUCUGGGAGGCUCUGGAGUGGGAAAGUCCAGUUUGGCUAUGAGAUUUGGCAGAGAUGAGUUCUACACUACAUCACCUACUGUGGGCUGUGCAUAUAUGACCCGAGUGGUGCAUCUGAGUGAUGUCACUAUUCGCUUUGAGAUAUGGGACACUGCAGGGCAGGAAAAAUACCACAGUGUCACCCCACUUUACUACAGAGGAGCCCACGCUGCACUCCUGGUCUAUGAUAUCAGCAAAAGGGAAACAUUCAUCAGAGCUCAGAUGUGGCUCAAAGAGCUCGAGAAACAGUACAUCGAAGGAUCUACUGUCAUAUGGCUGGUGGGCAACAAGGGAGAUCUCGCUCAGGAUCGGCAAGUCUCAGUGCAGGAAGGACAGAGUCUAGCCAAUCAUAAAGGCUUAUGCUUUAUAGAGACAUCGGCUCUGUUAGGAGAACAGACCAAUGAGCUGCUGCAAUCUGUGGCCCACAGAGUGUACGAGUGUAUUGGAGGGCAUCAAGGUGGGCUGUCAGAGUGGCAGGAGACACCACUUGUGGAACUGCAACAUAGAGACACAUCUAAUCCUUUUGCAUCCUGCUGCAAAGUUGGGCCCUAA